AUGCUUAGGCUCGGUCUCGCAGCAUCUUCAUCAUCAGGAGAUGAACUUCCGGAUGCCUUGCACUUUAUAUCAGCUGCUGCUCGUUUUCUCAAUGCCACUCCAAAUCUUGCUCUUGACCGCUACAAACGACCUGAAAGUUUGAAAACGACGACAUUGUUUUACAAUGUCGAUUGUCCGAUUGUUUACAAUGUCGACAUCUUGCGCAGAGCAUGGGAAAAAAUGCCAUUUUUUGUGUACGUUAGUUCGGAGCUCGUCCAGCGUAUGUCUAAUGAAUUAAUGGUUCAAAUUCGUCAAGAUAUUCGUCAUGAGUAUACACGCGAGGUUCUCUGUUUGUUGCUGAGGUUGGAGAGGAAUGGGUUCUUGAGUGAGGGAGGGGAUGGUGGGGAUUGUGGGGGCCACAGAGACCACAGACAGGCCGGGUGCCACAGAGACCACAGACACGAGACUGGCCACAGAGACCACAGACAAGACGGUGGCCACAGGCACGAGGCUUGCCACAGAGACCACAGACACGAGGCUGGCCACAGAGACCUCAGACAGGACGGUGGCCACAGAGACCACAGACAGGACGGUGGCGACAGAGACCUCAGACAGGACGAUGGCCACAGAGACCACAAGCAGGACGGUGGCCACAGAGACUACAGACAGGACUGUGGCCACAGAGACCACAGACAGGACGGUGGCCACAGAGACCUCAGACAGGACGAUGGCCACAGAGACCACAGACAGGACUGUGGCCACAGAGACCACAGACAGGACGGUGGCCACAGAGACCUCAGACAGGACGAUGGCCACAGAGACCACAGACAGGACGGUGGCCACAGAGACCUCAGACAGGACGAUGGCCACAGAGACCACAAGCAGGACGGUGGCCACAGAGACCUCAGACAGGACGAUGGCCACAGAGACCACAAGCAGGACGGUGGCCACAGAGACUACAGACAGGACGGUGGCCACAGAGACCACAGACAGGACGAUGGCCACAGAGACCUCAGACAGGACGAUGGCCACAGAGACCACAAGCAGGACGGUGGCCACAGAGACUACAGACAGGACGGGGGCCACAGAGACCACAGACAGGACGGGGGCCACAGAGACCUCAGACAGGACGAUGGCCACAGAGACCACAAGCAGGACGGUGGCCACAGAGACCACAGACAGGACGGUGACCACAGAGACUACAGACAGGACGGGGGCCACAGAGACCACAGACAGGACGGUGGCCACAGAGACCUCAGACAGGACGAAGGCCACAGAGACUACAGACAGGACGGGGGCCACAAAGACCACAAGCAGGACGGUGGCCACAGAGACUACAGACAGGACGGGGGCCACAAAGACCACAGACACGAGGCUGGCCACAGAGACCACAGACACGAGGCUGGCCACAGAGACCACAGACACGAGGCUGGCCACAGAGACCACAUACACGAGGCUGUCCCACAGACACGAGGCUGUCCCACAGACACGAGGCUGUCCCACAGACACGAGGCUGGCCCACAGACACGAGGCUGUCCCACAGACACGAGGCUGGCCCACAGACACGAGGCUGGCCCACAGAGAUCACAGACACGAGGCUGGCCCUCAGACACGAGGCUGGCCACAGAGACCUUAGACACGAGGGUGGCCACAGAGACCACAGACACGAGGCUGUCCCACAGACACGAGGCUGGCCCACAGAGAUCACAGACACGAGGCUGGCCCUCAGACACGAGGCUGGCCACAGAGACCUCAGACACGAGGGUGGCCACAGAGACCACAGACACGAGGCUGGCCACAGAGACCUCAGACACGAGGGUGGCCACAGAGACCACAGACACGAGGCUGGCCCACAGACACGAGACUGGGCCACAGAGACCACAGACAGGACGGUGGCCACAGAGAAGGCCAGCCAGCCAGCCAGCCAGCCCCCUACCAGUCAGCUGG